AUGACCUCUUUAGACCACAAUAAUAACUUGUGCCUUGUCACCCUUCACUCCCCUUCUUCCACCUCUUGCCACUGCCCUGACCAUGUGCCGCCUAGGGAGCUUGACAAGAAAUUUGACAAAAUUUUGAACCUCAAAAACACCUUAAAUAAUAACCCUACUAACAUCCUUAAUAACCUCUGUGACGGCCUCGAGAAAUUCCUCGGCUUCAACAAAGACUCCAAAGGCUACGACGGCACUGGGAUAGUGUACUCUGACUUGGAUAGGCUGUGUGACGGGGUGAUGGGAUUUUUGAGUGGUGUGCUUGGUGCGGUGAAAAACGAAAAUGAAGUGACAACUUAUGAUAAUAAUGUAGAUAACAUCGAAAAAUUAAUAGAAACUCUAGAAAAAAAUUUAGGUAACGGUCCGCAAAAAUUUACUGACGCUCUUAGUGCGGUAAGUGACUGGUUGAAUGAUUACUUUACGCAGGUUGAAAAAUAUACUGUCAACGUUACUAGUGAACUACAAGUGUUAAAGGACGAUAAAGUGUUCGCACAUAUAAGAUCUGUAGCAGGUCAAGGAACUCAGAACCUUGAAACGCAGUUGAAGGCGUGGACAACCAGGUUACCUAUAAUUUUUGGUGAGGUCGACAAUAUUGAAACUCAACACGUGAUGAAGCUGGACAAUAGAUUGAAAACUGAAAUUAUGCAUGAAACUAGGCAUAUCAAGGAAGCCGUUAAGAUGCUUGGGGACUCCGCUGCGGAAAAGGAAUUUGGGAGUCAGGCCAAAUUGGUUGAUGAGACGUUAAUACAAGAGAGAAAUAAAGUAGACUCCGCGAUUGAAAAUGAACAUAAGAGAGUUCGUGAAAUUUUGCAAAAAGAAUUCGAUAAGCUGUGGAUGGAAGUGAAGAAUCUGAACAGAGCUAGAUCAACGCAUUUUCAAAACAUCAUUGAACGCUUGAAUGAGGUCGAAACAUAUUUAAAUAACGAUUUCGACUGGCAGUAUAGAAAGCAAAUCGAAAACCUGUUUACACAUUUGAAAGAUGAGAUGGUCUCAAUUGAUCGGACGAAUGAAACUGCAGGUGCCAAAGGCAGCAAGUCCAACCUCUACGUGAAAUUUAAUGAGUUGAUAGACACCGUUAAGGUGAUAGGUGAUGAGAUUGGUACCGAAAAUACUGCGCUAGACAAAUGGAAACAUGCUGCCAUGGAUGCCAUUCUAAAAGCAGAUGUAAAGUGUGAGGAGAUUGUUAAGAAGUUGAAGGGGGAGCGAAGUGAGACAGGUAUAGCAGGCGAACGGAAGGCAGUAACAAAUGCAGCGGAGCAAUUGAAGAUAAAGGCCGAUGAGCUUAGGGGGAAGGCGUACGCUGCUAAGACGCAGAUUGAGACGUUGGUGAGUCAGGCUUUGGGGGAAGUUAAAACGAUGGACGAAGCGCUGAGGAAAAAUCUAUUAGAGGUUCAGAAUGCUAUUAAGAUUGGUAUGACUAAUUAUAUUAAGGAGAAUUUGAAUGCUCAAAUAAAGAAAGUGCUGGAAAUGGAAACGGAUAAGAUUGCUAAAAAGAGUGGUGGAGAUCCGCCUGGACAUUUGGAUAAGAUUCACCAAGGUAUCAUGAAGUAUGCGGAGAGAUUCAAAACGGAGGACGAUAAAACUGGUUUCAAAGGUGUGGUGGCGGAGUGGUUGACUCAACUGCUUAUGAGCAAUGCAGUUAUAGCAAAGCUUGGUGAGUAUGCAACUGGAAAUAAAGGGGCAAAUCUUGAAACCUUAAUAAUAGGCGGAGUGGAGAAACUGCCACACCAUGCGAAAGCAAUUGUUGCGCUGCUGCACGCCGAAAUAAAGACAGCUGUUCAAUUUUUUGAUCAAACAAUACUAGUUGCUGGUGAUAAAGAGAUUGGAAGACACGUGGAUGCUGUUCAGCAGGUUUGCGAAAAGUUUUCCAAGGCACUUGAGGAAAAAAUCGCAUCUGGCAAUUUUGCAGACAUUGAAGGGGUAAUCAAUGCAGCACUUCAGAAAACAAGUAAUGUGAAAAGUUUUCUUUUACAACCAACCGUCCGUUAUAUCCUAUACCAGCUUGUAGGCGCCGCGAGACAAGCAGGCUGGGAGGUUUUGUCAUUCACCGGUGAGUACGGAGAUGAGGACCAUACAGAUGACAGUGGUUACAAGCUCGUCAAUAAUCUGACGGACGCUACGAAAGCAGUUAGGGAACUUGGUGAAACACUUCAUGGGCAGCUUAAGCAGGCCGGGAUCGCCAAAACUAAAUUCGCCGAUAUAAAUACGCAGAUUGCGAACGAAGUUAAUCCACAGUUUGGCAUGGAAAGCAGUUCAAAAAUAUCUAAAUUUGCUGAUAGCAAAUUUAUUGGUUACCUGAACAGCGUAAAUAUCCCUGACGGUACUAACCCUCUUAGAGGCACCGAAGGCGCACUUCCAAUUAAAAUCAAAGCUAUAGAAACGAUAAAAGACGGUGAACAUUAUCUGAGGGAUGUUGAGCAAGGUGAAAAUGCUGGUGAAACUAAAUUUCACGACAAAACCUUCAACAACUUGUUGUCUUUCGUCACCGGCAAUCUCAACAAAUUCACCGAAGCCAUCGAGAAAUUGGUGAAUGGUGGCGGUGUUUCAAACUCCGAUCUAGAAGAUUAUAUAACGAGGCUAAAAAAUAUGCUUAACAAUGACGCAGAGACAUAUUACGGUGCGUCCAUUACAGGGUUUACCAAAAUUAGAACGGACCUUGGCAAAUUGCAAUCCAGAAUUGUUCAGGCCACCUCUACCGACGCCGCCAAACAGGAACUCGAUAUCAUCAUACAGAAACUCGAAGAGCUUCCUAACGCUGUGGACCGGCAAAAAGAUGUGGCGUUGAAACAUGUAGGUGAGUUAAGACGCUCGUUGGAACAGCAAAUUACAUUCAUUCGCCAAGCCGUCGAGACAGCUGAUUACGAGUUGAAAGAAUCAAUUAAAACCGUUCGAACUACAUUAAAAGAAGCACAUGAGAACAACAAACUAGCGGCUUCACAUCUCAGAACUACAUUGCUUGACACCACUAAAAGGGGAUUUGAAGAAAUUACUUUGCAGGUUCAAUCGUUCUUCGCUGAGCAGAAAAUGGCAGACUUGGCAGCUCUACAGAAAUUAAUUGACAGACAGUUACAAAAAGUAAAACGUAUCAUUAAAAUGGAUCUACAGACCGGCCUGAAAGGCUUCCUGAAAACACUUCAAUGCGGAUCCACGAAAGUUGCUACAAAUAAAAACAUUAAGCUACUCACCGACUUCGCAUCUUCAAUGUCUCCGCCGUCCGAUCACAAUUCCUCCCAUCUCAAACAUCUCGCCGAGGCCUUCCACGACUUCUGCCACCCCCUCCACACUUACCUCCUCACAGAGAUCACACGAGCCAACCUAAACAAUUCCGGCACCGCGAAUUACUCCGACCGUCUAAAAAGCAUUAUCGCCGCCUUCGACACCCUCCUCCCCCAUCUCAGAGAGCAAAACAAGUACGACCACCAGGUCCCCUCCAUGCUGUCCGACCUCCGCGCCGCUGUCACGGCCCUCAAGCCUGACGGCUUUUCCUCGCCGAACAGUGCCACGUUGGACUGCAUCACGAGCGGGCUCACGAAAUUCGCCCAUGAGCUUGACAAGGCGUACGUAUCGGUGUAUGAUGGGCAGGGGUUUGAGGGUAAGGUUGUAGAGGAAACCGGAGCACAGGUUGUCUACACCACCGGAGCGUAUCCGGUAUAUCUAUCGACCGACUACGGCAAGAAGUGCGCCAAGGUGUUUUGCACGGCACUCGAAAUAAUGUUCCACGAUCUAUCCGAGUUGAGGGAGGAAUGCAAACGCGAUUGGAAGGAUCUGAACAUUUGUAUGCACCCCGGUGAGGACAUUGAAAAUGCCCUAGCCUCAUACCUGAAAAACUGUGGUUACGGAGUGCCAAGCAAGCAAGGCGUGCAGGACGGGGAGUUGAGGUACGGAGAAAGUUGGACUGGACAACAAAUCCAUGAAACUCUACUAACCAAGGAACAUGGUGCCACGCUAAGACGUACAGCAUUUAAGCUUGUCAGCGAUGAUGACGAGAAAAAAGAUGGAGCCAGUGUACCAAAGUAUAGUGUCCUUAAGCAGCUCAUCGACUAUCUUAUACGCUUCUACCAAGUCUGCCACUACGACGCCGCUACGUCAACCAAAUAUCCGUCAAGUAUCUACCAAAUGUUAACGUGGCUUAGUGGCCUACCUCACAGUACCGUAUAUGACAAAUUGUACCUUAAUGGAUUUGCUGAACUUUUCGAGAAGAAGGACAAGGAAACCGGCGACGGUGAAGGGGGUAUCACUUUCGAAAUCGAAGGUGACGGGAGCGACGGAUCUUCUAUCCCUAUUAAAACCAAUGAUGACAAUAAGUUGGAAGCUUAUCCAGUUACCAUUACACCCGCAGGUCUUUCAGACAUCCUUGCAGCAGUAUGCUCCGGUGCCCAUGACGUACUGACCAGUGUACUUGGUCAUGGUCACGCAGGCGGUCGCUAUGCCUUUGACUUUAACACUAACCCCGAUAAAUUCACGUACCCCGCCGACAUGGUGACGUUAGCAUGUUGGCUGUAUGAUAUCCUCAGACGUGUUCACCAUCAGCUCUAUUUCUUGUACCAGCAGUGUUAUUAUAAGACCGAACGCAACGGUUGGGCCGAGUGCUAUUACGGCCGGUACGUCGCUGGCUCAUCGUGGCAGUGCAACAAGAUGCAGUGCCCUGACCAAAGGUGUGAGCAAAAGUGUAAGCAAACAUGUAACCAAAUACACAACCAAAAGGGUGACCAACACCCUAACUGCGGACUAAAGUCGCCGCUUCAAUCUUUCUUAGAAGACGGGUUGCAAGGCUUUCUACCGCAUCACGUCAAGUUUGAGAAAGGAAAGCUGGAAUGUUCAGUUAAAGGUCAUUUCAAUUUGCCGUGUAAAACGCCUAUGGGAUUCGGCAAUAUAAGCGACGUGGCGUCACAUACGCAGCGAGGCAGGCAUAUCUACGAAGCGCUUAAGAGACUCUGCGGAGAUGAACGGUCUCCUCUCCCCAAGCUCUGCGGUCAACUGAGCUGCCUCUUGCCAAGCGCUCCCAAGACGCUUGACGACAUGUUCGGUUUUUACUACCGAUUGCUCAGAGGGUGGGAUGAUGACAACACGGGACGUAAAGAACAUCGGGAGACGGCAUUUAGAGCGGCCGUUAAUGCAGCUAAUUUCGAAGAUUCAAGCACAGAGUUGGACGUCAAUAAUAUUUUCAAAAGCAUUAAUCAUGGUUCAAAGAAAAACAUGCCACAUCUUACCGGCGACCUCUACGCUCUUAUUGAUUGCUAUACCGAUUCGUCAUCAGCUGCAUCUCAUCCAUGCGGUCGUUACUUGCGACCAAUAUGCCAUGACAUGUGCGGUACCUUUACAAAAGAGAACGCCGACAAAUAUUUGUCGUGGAUUGUUUACUGCACCGAGACGUUCCUUCAGUUGUUGAAACAGCUGUACGAAGAAUGUGCCAAAAAUUGUGACGGGGAGAGACCUAAGUGCCGUGUCAGUAGAUGUAAGGAUGCUUGUACGGCUAACAAAUUACCGAUGGCAGCUGGUUCUGCACAUAAUGAAUCAUGUGGAUCCAUCGUAAAUUGCAAGUUUAUGCGUCCCACAUUCUACAAAUAUGGCUUGGUACUUGGAGAUUGCAGCAGUCUGUCAGCCGAUUCGACCAAGCGCACGUGCAUAGAUUUGUGUAUUGUAUUGAAAAGCGUGACUAACGAAAAAGAAGUAGAUGGGCAUCCGCUUGCCAAAUUGGUCCACGUUACUAUCCCCCAAUUCAUCUUCACCAUCCGCGCCCCCUUCAUCUGGACCACCCUCGCCCUCUGGCUCCUGUCCUUCCUCUACCUCAUCCACAUCAUGGUCAUCCGCCUCGACCUGCUCCACAUCAAAUCGCACUUACAUAGUCCCUCAUCACAUCGCAUCGUCGCUCAAUCCCUACUCGCCGCAGCACGUGUUAACAAGCUUAACAGAGUGUUUUACCUGCAACCUUAA